UUGCCGCCUCAGUGCCAGCGACUGAGAAAUGGGCGUAACCAUGAGGGCUCCCAGCAAGAGGUCCGGGGAGAAGGAAGAGCAGGAGGAAGAGGUGGCAGCGGCCGCUGGGCGUCUUGCAGGCGCCCCGGAGGCCGAGGAGUGUUCAGACGUUGAUUCAGACUCCGACCGGGAGAUGGAAGGUAUCCGUGGGCCUGGAGGACUGGUCAAGGACACCCUCUACCUGAGGUCUUGCCAGGCCCAUAGUGUUGUGCCUGCCUCCUGCUUUCUGCGCCAAGGGAGCACCCCAGAGCUGAACCUGAGGCACCAUGGCCUGGGGCCCCAGGGUGCCCGGGCUCUGGCUUCAGCAUUGACCUCCAAUCCCUAUGUCAAGCGGCUGGACCUUCGAGACAAUGGGCUCUGUGGGGCCGGCGUGGAGGCCCUGGCAGGUGCCCUGAGCAAAAGCAGCACUAUCUGUGAUGUGGACCUGUCAGAGAACCAGAUGGGCGUGGUGGGAGCGCAGGCGAUCUGUGCUGCCCUCGCGGUGAACCCAACCAUGCAGAAGGUGCAACUGGCAGGGAACGGCCUGGAGGAGCAUGCAGCCCAGUACCUUGCUGAACUCCUGCUGGCCCACACGGGACUGAAAUCCCUGGACCUGAGCUAUAACCAGCUGACUGACCACGCAGGGGAGAUCCUUGGACCAGCCCUGGCAGAAAAUACAGGACUCACCGAGCUUAAUAUAAGCUGGAAUCACCUUCGAGGACCAGGAGCUGUAGCCUUUGCCAGGGGACUGGAGGCAAACAUCUUCCUCAGAGUCCUGGACAUCUCAUACAAUGGUUUUGGAGAUCCUGGAGCAUCCGCGGUGGGUGAGGCACUUAAGACCAACAACGUGUUGGAGGAACUCAACAUGAGCAACAACCGCAUCUCUGCAGUGGGAGCCUUGAGCCUGGGCCUGGGCCUCCGGGUCAACCAGACGCUGAGGAUUCUUAUUAUGUCCAGGAAUCCCAUGCGAGGCGAAGGCUGCUUUGGAGUUCUAAAGUCUGUCCGGGAUAAUCCGAUGUCUGCCCUAGAACUCCUAGAUUUCUCUCAGAUCCAAGUGGACAGAGAGUUUGAUGACCUCGCCAGCUCAGUGAAGGUACUUCUUCCAGCACUCCAUGUAAAGACUGCUGCCCACAGAGUAGAGUACAAAAAAGAGUUACUGCCAGUCUUCACCCCAUCCCUACCAGCAUCUGUCCCUAAGUGACUGUGGUGGGUGGCUUCCUCAUCUCACAUUGGCCACUUCAACGUCGAGGGUUCUUGGCCUCACGAUGCCUUAUUACCACUUGAGUCUGCAGUGAGUCCCCAUGUCAACUGGGUGGUAAGUCCUAUGGAGCCUGUCUUAAUGGAGUCUCAGACACCUGUACCCUCCUCUCUAUCCCAUGGCUUCUGUUAAUGCAGAGACUGGGUCUUCCUUCGCUCACACUAACUUGUGUAACUUGUACUAUGUGCUACAUAUUGAGCUGGGUAUGGGGUCAGAGAUGUCCAAAGUCCCAGCUUUGGUGACCUCAGGAGACAAUGAAAGUACGAACUCAACUUGCCAGAAUGCAAACUGACACAACUUUUCUGGGAGGCAAUUUAUCAUUAUGCACCAAAAGCCUUAAAACUGCCUGUGCUCUUUGAU